CCCGGCAUGAUCGCAACCGAAAGCGAUCUAUAAUGCCACGAAUGGCGGAACAAGAAGAUGAUGAAAGAAAUACUUUAGCGAGAAAGGGUAACAUUUGGAAAAUGUUGUGGCCGAAGAAUAUUGAGGAAAAUGCAUCGUUUUCUUAACAUCCAGCAAAAUAUCAAAUUACGCAACUAUCAUCAGUUACUUUUAUAUUUUGUGGCUGCUGCUGGACGAGGAGCGGAAGUGAGAAGCGGCAGAGAAGGAAGCAGAAGCAGCAGAAGAGUAGGAGGAGCAGCAGCAGAGAUAAGAGAAGUCGGAGAGAAUAACGUAAACGCUACGUAACGCUAAACGUAACGUUAAGAAUAAUAGUUGAAGAAGGAUAAUAAUAAAUUAUUAAUUAUUAGCCCAAUAAUAAUAAAUAAACCCAACGCUGCCACUGUUCCUAAGACAUCCAGACAAACCAUAAAAAAAAUAAUAAUAAAAAUAAAAAUAAAAGUAGCCUUUAGACGUAACCGUAACGUAAAAGCCUCGACAUAAAAAAAAAACCCCAAAUCCUAUGCCAAUUUUUGAAUCAUCGAAUCGUUUUUCACGAAAACAUCAAAUCACUACCAUAAAGUCCCAUUAAAAAACACAAAAAAACAGACAUUGUUUUUUAAGUUUUAUCUAAAAAAUAAAAGAAUAGUAUAAGAAGAAAGAAAAGCCGAAUCUAGAUCUCUAGCUCCUUGCCAAGCACUUCGAAAAAAGAAAAAAAAAAAAUCGAAAAUAAAAUAAGAGGCUGGCCGAGGAAAGCGGAUAUAAAAUAUGGCCACACCCCAAGUCAAGGACUUGGUGUUGCGCUCACCCGCUGGCUCCUCCGACGUCAUCACCUUCGCCUGGCCCCUCCAGAUCGGACACGGACAGGACAAGCACGACAAUGGCAUCGAUAUCAUCGACACCAUCAAGUUCGUGUGCGAUGAGCUGCCAUCGAUGUCAUCGGCCUUCGAGGAGACGAACCUCAACCAAAUAGACACUGCCUGCUAUAAGACUAUGACCGGUCUGGUCGAUCGUUUCAACAAGGCCGUCGACAGUAUUGUUGCAUUGGAAAAAGGAACUUCACUGCCCGCCGAGCGCCUAAACAAGUUCGCUCACCCUAGCCUUCUAAGACACAUCUUGCAAUUAGUCUACAAUGCUGCCGUACUCGAUCCCGACAAGCUCAACCAGUACGAGCCCUUCUCGCCGGAGGUGUAUGGCGAGACCAGCUACGAGCUGGUCCAGCAGAUGCUCAAGCACGUCACCGUCAGCAAGGAGGACACGUUCAUCGAUCUGGGCUCUGGUGUUGGCCAGGUGGUUCUCCAGAUGGCCGGCUCCUUUCCCUUGAAGACGUGCAUCGGCAUCGAGAAGGCUGAUACCCCGGCCAGGUAUGCCGAGCGCAUGGAUGUCUUCUUUCGCCAGUACAUGGGCUGGUUUGGGAAGCGCUACUGCGAGUACAAGCUGAUCAAGGGUGACUUCCUGGUCGAUGAGCAUCGCGAGAAGAUCACCUCCUCCACGCUGGUGUUUGUGAACAACUUUGCCUUUGGCCCGACGGUGGACCACCAGCUGAAGGAGCGCUUUGCGGAUCUGCGCGAUGGAGCGAGGGUGGUGUCCUCCAAGUCCUUUUGUCCCCUCAACUUUCGGAUCACGGACAGAAACCUCAGUGACAUUGGAACCAUCAUGCACGUGAGCGAGAUCCCGCCACUCAAGGGCUCUGUCUCGUGGACCUGCAAGCCCGUCUCGUACUAUCUCCAUGUGAUCGAUCGCACCAUCCUGGAGCGAUACUUUCAACGCCUGAAAACCAAGGGCGGCAACGACCACGAGGGCGUGGGAACCGUGCGCACCACUCGAGAUCGGGCCAAGCGUGAGGCGAACGUGGGCCAGCAUCACAACCACCACCAUAACCACCACAACAACAGCAGCAACCACGCCACCAGCAAUAACAAUCAUCACCGGGAACGGGAACAGUCGAACGGAGCUGCCAGUGCCGCCCAGGUGCCGCGCCAGAAGUCCCAAUCGCCGGCCAAUGUCAGCGGUGGAGGCUUAGCCACCGUCGGUGGCCAGCCAGGAACAGGAGUAGGAGCAGGAGCCAGUGCAGCGGCCAACUCCAAGACGCGCCAGCAGCUGCAGCAGCAACAGCAGCAGCAGCGCAGCCUGGACAUGGAGAGCAGCACGGAGAGCGACGGCGAGGCGACGAAUGGGAAUGGAGGCAACACCACCACGACCACGAAUGCCACCUCCGCCUCGAACGGCCCGAUGACCCGCAAGGUGUGGUCGGACUGGUGCAGCUCCAAGGGCAAGAGCUCGCAAUCGGACGACGAGGAGAACAACAACAGCAACAGCAACGGGGGAAGCAACACGGGAACGGGCACUGGCGGGGGCGCUGGAGGAGCAGUUGGUCGCCAGGCACGAGCGGCCACCCAGAAGAAGCGGAAGAAGCUGACACGGAAGGCGGCCAUAGCCAGCAAGUCGGCGGCCGCGGCCCAGAGGGAAGCGGAGGCGGCGGCAGCAGCGGUGGCAGCGGCCACGGCCAGUAAGGACUCCAGCUCCAAGGAGGAUCAGCCGCGAGCGGCCAUCGGUGGCCCCGGCCGGAAGGGACGCAUGAAGAAGGGUGCAAGGGGCAGGAAGUCGCUGAAGAUCGCCGGCCUGGAGGCGCUGCACAAGCAGACCGUGCUCAGCACCUCCCUGGACGCGAUGACGAAGAAGCUGCCCGCCGCUCCUGGAACCGUGGAUCAGCAGUUGACCGCCCUGCUCACCGACAGUAUGGCGCACACCGAGCUGGAUAUACCGACGGCGCCGCAGGACACUCCCUACGCCCUGCAGAUCCUGCUGGAUGUGUUCCGGUCGCAGUACAUGGCCAUCAUCGACCACAUGAAGUCGAGUGCCUUUGUGCCGCAGGUGCAGAAGCAGCUGGCCCAGGAGCAGGAGAGGAUGGCGCGGCUGAAGAACCGAGCCAGCCAGCUGGACAAGCAGAUCAAGGUCCUGAUCGACGACAGCGUGGCGCUGCUGAAGGUGCGCAUGAACGAGCUGGGCAUCAACGUGAACUCCCCCAACGACCUCAUCGCCCAGGCCAAGGAGAUCGUGGGCCGACACAAGGACCUCCAGCACACGGUGAGCCGCAUGCGGAACGAGGUCACCUACUACGAGGGCGAGCAGAAGCACCUGCUCAGCAAGCAGCUGAAGAACCUGCCGGAGUACCAGAAACUCUGCACCGGUGCCAAUGGCAAGGUCAAGCUAGAGAUGCCCCCAGAGCUGUCGGAGACGACGGCCCAGGAGCUGGUCCUCAAGGAGAUAGCCAAUACCCUGAGCCAGCGCAAGAAGCUAUACGCCCAGGUGUCCAACAUCGAACAGGAGACGACGGUGCUGCAGAAAUCGGCGGAGGAGCGGAGCACGGCGGCGGUUCUGCUGGCCCAGGGAACCAACAUGAGCCUGGCCUCCGGAUCGCCCGCCACAGCGUCGGCGGCGUCCUCCACCCCAGCCACCGCCCACGCAGGCGCCACUCCCGUGCCCGUGCCAAACAACAAGCUGAAUAGCGCGAAGAACUCGCGUCGCAGUCGCGAGCAUCGCGGCCGGUCGCAGGAGUGGCCGGAGGUGCCCGAGGUGGGCAAGAUCCAGGAGAGCAAUCCCGAGGUGCUGGCCCAGAAGAUCGUGGAGACGUGCCGCCAGAUCGAGGCGGGCAAGUUCCAAGGAGCCGCCACACCCGCCUACCAGGUGAACGGCAAGAACAAGGCCAUCCCCGAGGCUGGAGCGCCACAGGCUCCCAUCGCCGUUGCUCCCGUCAGCAUUAAGUCCUCGCCGGGCCAUCACUACAAGGACAGUACUCUGAUGCCGGCGCCCAAGCAGCAGAGCCAGCAACAGGUGGCGCCCUCGCUUCUGCCCAAGUGCGAGUUGGGGGGACUCUCCGCCAGCCGGAUCAAGCAGGAGUCGCCGAAGGUGGCCAACUUCGAGGACCGGCUGAAGAGCAUCAUCACCACGGCCCUGAACGAGGACCAGGAGCACCGCAGCAAGGCAGUGGAGCCAUCGCCCUCGCCCUCGCCCCUGCACAGCCCGGCGCCCAAGCGAUCCAAGCAGCAGCAGCAGCAUGCGGGAAGCAUGAAUCCCGGCCAGCAGCAGCUGCCCAACAAUCUGCACAACAUCAUCACCGUCUCGACGCAGGGGCUGAUGCAUCUGAACGCCAACACGACAAUAUCCCCGAUAACACCGCCCCUGCCGGGACCGGGAGCCGGAGCUGCUGCCUCCACUGCCCCGCCCCCACCAGCGAAUCUCCCUUACGGAGCGUAUGGUGGCAAGGCGACGGUGUCUGGAAAGUAUCAGGCGGCCAAGGAGCCGAAGUACUCACCGGUGAGGCAGGCGCCGCCUCCUCCACCACCGCCGCCGUCUCACAUGGCCGCCUUGUACGCCGCCGGGCAGCAGACCGGUACGGCGGACCUGAGUUACCAGCGACGCCGCAGCUCCGUGAGCGCCAGCAGCUACGAGCACUUCAUGGCCCAGCAGCAGCAACAGCAGCAGCAGCAUGCCCUAAUGCUGGCAGCCGCCGCCCACGCCGCCCAGCGCCAGCACAUGCGAGCGGAGGAGCAGCAGCAAAGCCAGGCCCAGCAGCAUCACCAGCACCAGCAGCACCGCCUCCAACAGCAGCAGCACCUCCAGCACCACCACCAUCCGAACGAAUUCAAGGCACCGCCUGCCGAGAAUCUUCUCCAGCGAUCCGGCAGCCGGGAACAGCUGAUAGUGGAGCCGCAGCAGCAGCCGCUGGAGCUGCUGCCCCGGGCAAGUUCCGCCAACUCGGACUACGGCGGCUAUCGCAUCCGUCCGCCCAGCAGGCCCAGCUCCAACUCUUCCCAGCCGGACUACACGCAGGUGUCGCCGGCCAAAAUGGCUCUGCGCCGGCACCUGUCCCAGGAGAAGCUCAGCCAGCAUGCCACGCCCCAGGCCACACCGCCGCUCCCCGGAGCGGGAGCUCCAACAUCCGGCAAGACCAUCGGAGAUCUGGUCAACGGGGAGAUCGAGCGCACGCUGGAGAUCUCGCACCAGAGCAUCAUCAACGCGGCCGUGAACAUGAGCACGGGGGGUGCCCACUUCAUGGAGCGGGCCUUCCUCAACGAGCGCUCCAAUGAGCGGAUGCUCAUCAACCUGAAUGCCCAGAGGCCGGAGCGCGUCCAUGUCCGCCCGCUGUCCGAGGAGUCGCAGGAACCGCAUCCCACCAGCUACGCCCAGGAGAGGAGCUCGGCAGGCUCGGCCGCUGCCAAUAGUAAUCUGGCCACUCUGGCCCACGUAGCCUAUGUCCAGAAGGCCCAGGGAGCCGCACGGGCAGGAGCCACUGCGCCGCCUGCAGCCCAACACCACACGGCAACGGCUCGAACUGGCCGGGAUUACCAGCCGGUGGCUCUGCCUCGGGCGGAGCUGAAGGGCAGCAUCGAGGCCUACUUCCACGAGGAGCAGCAGCAGCAACAGCAGCAGAAGCAGUCCAAGGGGCCCGGUUCGGGAUCGUCGGGAGCAGCUGCUAUGCGGGGAUCACGUCUGAAUGGAGCCAAUCCCCCAUUGGAGGGUUUGGCUGCCUCUCUACAAGACCACGUGCGUGCCCGGAAGUACAAGGAGGAGACUGAGGAGCGUCAACGUCGCGCAGCAGCUGCUGCCUCCUCCUCCUCGUCGUCGUCGUCGUCGGGAGUAUCGAACUCUGCGUUGGAGCUCUCCAACCACUAUGGCCACCAAGCUCCCCCGGCCCACAACUACCAUCAUCACCACCAUGGCGCCAAUCUCAACGGAACACCGCACAAAGUGGAGCUUGGAGUGAAGAGGAGUUCACCGCUGGCGCCUCACCAACAGCCCCCGCGGCCCUCGAAGCUGGCCCACUACGAUGCGCCGCCGACCUCCGGCCAGGCCCACCACGCCCACAUUUACGCCAAUGGACAGGUGCUGCAACCGCCGCCGGCCCAUGAUGCCACCACGCCCUCGCCCACACCCUCGUCCUCGUCGUCGUCGUGCGGACGGCGCAGUGGCAGCAACAGUGGCAAGCUGCUGGUGGAGCCGCCGCUCCUCAUGAGUCCCGAGAUCAACUCGCUGAUGGGCGACGAGAGGCCGUUGCAGUUGUCGUCGCACCCAACGCAGUCCCAGAUGCUGCACCAGCAGCAUCAGCCGGCGCACCUGCAACAGCUGCGAGUGCCACAUCUCGGACAUGGUCAUGGCAACAGUCACAGCACUACACCCACCUUGGGGGAACGGCGCAAUGCCAAUGCCGCCGACGACGAUGAUGUGAUCGCCGCCGAUGAUGAAUCCCACUGGCAGCAUCGGGUCAGCUCUGGAUUUGAUCGGCUGGUGGCUUUCGCCAGCACCGAGCUGGACAAGACGCGGCGCAGCAUCGAUGGCGACACAGUGCCGGCCUCCAUCAGCUGCAACACGUCGCCGGACUCGGGCAUCACGCACAGCAGCAGCAACUCGGAUGCGGUGCGCACCUUCUUGUCCACCUCUUCGAGCUCCUCGCAGCUGGAGCUGCCGAUCGGCAACAGCAACAGCCUGUACAACCAUCAUGGCCAGCACAGCAGCGGCAGCAACAGCAACCAUCUGCCGCAACAGCAGCAGCAGCAACAGUUGCAGGCGCAUCAGCAGCAGCAGCAACACCAUCACAUCCCCGAUCACCUGAGCGACAGCAGCAUCAAGUCGUCGGCCUCCUCGUCCCUGCAUGCGGGCAGCUCCUUGAAGACAGUGUCGCCAGUGGAGGCCAUCGAAUCGCCGCCUCUGUCGGACGUGGGACUGCCCAGGACGCCGAGUCCCAGUGCCGCCAGCGUGGCCACCCCGCCCCUGGCUAGCGGACCGCCUCUGGCCGGGGAUCUAGGUGGCAUUCCACUCAAGUACCAGCGCAAAUCGAAGAGCAGCUCCGAGAAGCACUACAAGAAAAAGUUCUGCGAGCGGAACUGGGAGUACGACUGCGAUGAGCUGCUGGCCUACUCCAACUCCAGUGCUCCGCCAACGGCCGCUGAUGCAGCUGGCAACGGGCCACCCAACCUGGAUAAUGCCACAAGUGCUGGAGGAGGAGGAGGAGGAGCUGCUGCCAAGUCCGGCAAGUCGCCAAAGGAGAAAUCAUCGCCGCACCACAGCGGCUACCAUCAGGCGCAGCAGCACCACCACAAGUCCUCCAAGUUCCGGCCGAAGGGCAAGGACUGGGACUGGUCGCUGGACAGUCGCAGCCAGACGGGGGAGCUGCUGCCGCCCAUCACCACCAACAACUCCACCACCACAACGAGUAAUUAAUUUAGUAAACUAAUUUAGUUCAAUUUGCUGAAAAAGAUAGACGAUAGGAAUGAGGAAUGAGAGAAGAAAAUCCAGAAGAGUAUGCAACGCUUGCUACUUUUAGCCACAUUAUUUGUACAUUUUUUAAUCGAAAGGAUCACGCGAAUGGUGGAUCCCUUAAAUUAUAUUGUAUUGACUAAACAUUUUGUAAUUUAAAUUAAAUGAAUUGUAUGUGCAUAGCUAACUUAUUGUAAAGCCCAGCGCUAUCCGUUUGCCUUGUUUUCUACACAGAACUUUCUUUUAAAAAACUACUACCUGUCCUGUACUGUCCCUCUCCACACUAGUUUCACUGCGAGAUCUAAUUAGGCUAGCCACGUUUUUCGUAAUUAGGCUGUAAGGUUGAACACAACAAUGCUGAUGAACAAUGUUACUGACUCUUCUGUACCAACUACUACCAACUAUUAUGAUUAUGUAUUUAAUUUUCAUUAUUGUUUAAUUACGUUUGCCCAUAAGUUGAAUGUUUUUGUCUUUAUUAUUAUUAUUAUUUUGAAAUAAAAUUGUCAACUAAUUAAA